GCAAGAGCCCGGAUGGGCCGCGGCUUCCGGCGCGCACCGCGGGCGACAUGGGGCGCGCACCGCGGACUUAGGCUUUUGCUACGGUUUGUGCGGCCCUGUGUUCCCGGGAGAAAAUGGAGUCAGAAACCGAACUCGGGGGGCAGCCCUGACCUCUCUAGCCGAGUCCCUGUCGCUUCCGCCGCCAGGAGCUACCUUUCUCGCUGAACUUAGUGCGUUCGAGCGCCCAGUGGCCUGGGCCCCGCGAGUGGGAUGGACGCCGAGGCCCAGGGCGCCGGACUCCAGCGCUCCGGGUGAAGGAAACAGGCGCCUUGAAGGACCCUCUGCCCCCGCCCCCUACCAUCGCUCCAAGCAAAAAUCUCCGAGUGUGGAGCAGCAGUAUUCACUGGCCACUGAAGGUAGACACCUGAAGACAGGCUCAGAGACGUGAGGCACAUUUUCUAUACUGAUCCAGGCCAAUGUGCAAUACCAACAUGUCUGUGUCUACUGAUGGUGCUGUAAGCACCUCACAGAUUCCAGCUUCGGAACAAGAGACCCUGGUUAGACCAAAGCCAUUGCUUUUGAAGUUGUUAAGGUCUGUUGGUGCACAAAAAGACACUUACACUAUGAAAGAGGUUAUAUUUUAUCUUGGCCAGUAUAUUAUGACUAAGCGAUUAUAUGAUGAGAAGCAACAGCAUAUUGUAUAUUGUUCAAAUGAUCUUCUAGGAGAUUUGUUUGGAGUGCCAAGCUUCUCUGUGAAAGAGCACAGGAAAAUAUAUACAAUGAUCUACAAAAAUUUGGUGGUAGUCAAUCAGCAGGAACCAUCAGAUUCCAGCACAUUAGUGAGUGAGAACAGGUGUCACCUUGAAGGUGGGAGUGUUCAGAAGGACCCUGUGCAAGAACUGCAGGAAGAGAAGCCUUCAUCUUCCAGUUUGGUUUCUAGACCAUCUACCUCAUCUAGAAGGAGAGCAAUUAGUGAGACAGAAGAAAACUCAGAUGAAUUAUCCGGUGAACGACAAAGAAAGCGCCACAAAUCUGAUAGUAUUUCCCUUUCCUUUGAUGAAAGCCUGGCUCUGUGUGUAAUAAGGGAAAUAUGUUGUGAAAGAAGCAGUAGCAGUGAAUCAAUAGAGACUCCAUCAAAUCCGGAUAUUGAAGAUGGUGUGAGUGAACAUUCCAGUGAUUGGUUGGAUCAGGACUCAGUUUCAGAUCAAUUUAGUGUAGAAUUUGAAGUUGAAUCUCUUGAUUCAGAAGAUUAUAGCCUUAGUGAAGAAGGACAGGAACUCUCAGAUGAAGAUGAUGAGAUAUAUCGAGUUACUGUGUAUCAGGCAGGGGAAAGUGAUACAGAUUCAUUUGAAGAAGAUCCUGAAAUUUCCUUAGCCGACUAUUGGAAAUGUACUUCAUGCAAUGAAAUGAAUCCUCCCCUUCCACCACAUUGCAACAGAUGUUGGACCCUUCGUGAGAAUUGGCUUCCUGAAGAUAAAGGGAAAGAUAAAGGAGAAAUUUCUGAGAGCGCCAAACUAAAAAGCUCAACACAGGCAGAAGAGGGCUUGGAUGUACCUGAUGGUAAAAAAACUACAGCAAAUGAUUCCAAAGAGUCAUGUUUUGAGGAAAAUGAUAAAAUCACUCAAGCCUCCCAGUCACAAGAAAGUGAGGACUAUUCUCAGCCAUCAACUUCAAAUAGCAUUAUUUAUAGCAGUCAAGAAGAUAUCAAAGAGUGUGAGAGGGAAGAAGCACAAGACAAAGAAGAAAGUAUGGAACCUAAUUUCCCCCUUAAUGCCAUUGAACCUUGUGUGAUUUGCCAAGGUCGACCUAAAAAUGGUUGCAUUGUUCAUGGCAAAACAGGACAUCUUAUGUCAUGCUUCACAUGUGCAAAGAAGCUAAAGAAAAGGAAUAAGCCCUGUCCAGUAUGCAGACAACCAAUUCAAAUGAUUGUGCUAACUUACUUCAACUAACUGCUGUGUCAUAAAAGUUGAAUUAUAUAUUUCUAGUUAUAACCCUAAAUAUUUUGACAACAUGGAUUUUAUUUUUACUUAGCUUUAUCAGGGCAAGAAAUUGUCUCCCUCUAGAUUUCUUUGUAAUGUAAUUUACCUACUUUGGGAGGAGAAAUAGUAUGUAUUCUCUUAGGAAAAUUUCCCUUCUGUUUUAUUACAUGUGGGU